GAAAUCCCAAUCCACAAAAACCCUUUUUGCUGUGUGUGUCAGUCUCUUUCCCUCUUUUUUCCUCCCUGAAUCUCUUUUCCCUCCCCCUCUUCCUGUAACACAAAUCUGGAUUAUUUGCAACUUCACUUCAGACACGGGUUGUCCUCGUCAUCCAUGGAGAUCAGGAGAUACUCAGGAAGAGGCUUCACUUUCUCCCGUCUUUAGCUUUUCUGCUGCAGUUUAUUGAGUUUACUACAUCUUCUAACACAUCAUCUUUACAUUUACUUACCCCUCUAGUCUCAGUAUCACAGACUACAUCUUAAUAGCUCUUUCUGCUGCUUCCUAACAAUACACAAUCUGCUGCUUAUUCUUAAUAUUUACUAAGCUCUUAAGUUCGUCUGAAAAACUCAACAUUAAUACAUGUCCAUUCCAUCUUACACAUUUUACUAAGUAAACCCUAAAGCCUAAUCUUUACGAAAACUAAACAAGAGCUAAAUCACAUUUGCUUCUCUAUAUAUUUUCUUCUCUUUCUGUACUUUUGCUGUGACCCCUGCCUGGGGAUGAGUGGACAGGAAGGUGCCGACAGCUCCAGUGGCUUUUCUCUUGAUAAAGAAUUUCUUAACUCACUAAAAGGACGGAUUCUACUGGCAGAGCUGGUCCUCUGCUUUGUGAUAUUUAUCUGUUUUGCGGCGUCCAUAUCUUCCUAUUUGGCAGCCCCCUUGAUUGAGCUUAUCAUCACACUCAUCUUCCUUAUCAUUUUCUCAAGUCACUACCAUCUUCGCAUCGCUGCCCUCAACUGGCCCUGCACGGAUUUCCUGCGCUGUGUUUCUGCUGCAGUCAUUUUUUUGGUAGUCUCAAUUGUGGCUGCUGCACGGAGUUCAGGGGAUGGAGGUGCAAUUACAGCAGCGCUGUUUGGAUUCCUAUUGGUUGGAGUGUUCUCUUAUGAUGCUUAUAGCAUUUACAAGACAGAAAUCACAGACCGGGCCGCUGAAACAGGAAAUGGUGCUGACAAUCCAUAAUUGACCGCCAGGCACUUGGAACUGACACAAGGAAAAAAAAAUAAAAAAAGUCAUUGCUAUAUCAAGGUUAAUAUCCUCACUAGAUUCUACUCAAAACUCAUUUCACCUUCAACAUGAUCUGAAUUCUGUUUUUAUCAACAAUCCUGUCCUGAGCCAACCCCUCACAUCCAUAUAAGAGAUAUACAAUGUGAAGAUUGUAUUACAUCUGUGUCUUAUUAAAUGUGUUUAUUCUACAUAGUCUUGUGAUGAUUAGUAUGAGCAUACGUAACUUGUUGUUCUGCCAAUGUUUAGAAGGAGGACUUAGUACUUGAUUUUAACAAGAACCUAAGUAAAAAAAAUGACAACUAAAAUUACUAAUGGUCAUGUGAUUGUACAACCGGCAGAUGUGCCUAAAAGUCAGGUGAUUGCAUAUGCUACAAAAUAUUUAGGGAGACAGCCAACCUUGAUAGACCCACUGAAGCAAAUGUAACAUAGUAACUUACAAAUGUAUAUUAGGUGGAGAAUGUAUAAUAAAAUGUAUGAUGGAUAGUUUAAUGAAUCAUAUAUGUUGUAUUUUAAGAUACAUAGAUUAGGUAGAUAAUUUAAAUAAAUUGAUCAAAUAUGAAGACUGCAAAGCACUCCUGAAGAUCAAUAUUUGUGCCUAGCUACGCAGACUUGAUCAGAGUCCAGGACAUAAGAACAAACUGUCUUAUCACUCAAAAAAUCUAUUGAAGAGUGUUUAUUAUCCCAUAUUAGGCAGUAACAUUUCAAUACCUCUAUGAGAUCUUUUUGAAAUCAUGUAAUAAUAGUUGGGAUUGAAAUGUUGCUGCUGAAAAUUAAUUAAUAAACACUCUACACUUUAUUUUUCACCAGAUUUGAAUGCUGCAACAGUUUGUGAAUGGAUGGUUGACCAUCAUGUCUAUGGGGGUCUACAACUCUUCCCAACAGAUGUUGAUGGGCAGCUAUCUUAUGUGUAUGGCUACCAUAACUGAACUGAAUAUUCAGCUGUUGGCCAGACUUGUGAAGCUUGACUUGCCUCAAAAAUUUACUUAACUGAACUAAGUCAAUAUUUAGAUCCAUUGCUAUCCUCUAACAGGCAACAGCUGAAGCCUGAGUUGGCCAUAACAGUGUAGCAGAGUUCCAUUAAUGUUCAUGAACCAGUGGUGAGUCAGUGCAGGAAAUACAGUAAAUUACAACUGCAACUGACAUCUGAUGACUGAACAGUGCUCUGCUGAGCCGCCAUGAGGUUGAUAUGGGAAAUUAUCCAACCAUCUCUAGUUGUAACCAUGAAUAAUGAAGGAGAUUUAUUGAGCAAACUGAUUUUUCUGUCACAAACUGAACCAACAAAUGGAGUACACAGCCACCUGGGAGUGGAAGAGCAGGAAUCUCAGGCAAAGAGAAUAAAACAGCAAUAUUUCUGCAAGGAGUCCUUCUACAAGCUGAGGAAGACCACUGUGUAGAAAAAUGGCUGUUUUAUGUUUCUGUGUUGUGAAAUAAAGCUUUGAACUCUU